GUGGUCACGACGAAGGGGGUGGCACGAGAGGCGGAAGUGUGUUUCGGCUGAUCUCUCGCUGUCAUUCGGCCACGGUCGGUUCCAGGAGAGAGGGGCAGCGAACGACGAACACACGGGAAUCAGCUGGCUCUGUAGGAACGACACUCGGCGAGAAAAGACACUGAAAUCAUACGAACAAUGAAACCGAUCGAGUGACGCUUGUGAAACAACCGCGGCCGAGCAUAUUACACACGUUGCCACGUUAACAAAGCUCCUCGAUGAUAUAGUCCAGAUUAGAGGCAGCAGAUCGAGAGCUGUGUCAUUGAGCAGGCAGGACACGUCAGGAGAAGGGAGAGAGAAAAAAAGCUGACCGACUGCACUGUACGAGUCAGCUAUCAGAUCGCCUCUGAAGAGCUCUGCCUGCCGUACUCAUCUUUUCAAGGACACCACCUUGCUCUGAGUCCGAGGGAAGGAUCUCGACAAAGACGUCGCCGAGGUCGAGGGUGGUGAUCAGAAGGACCAUACGAUCACGGGAUAGCAUUUGUGUGUGGGGGCAGAAAACAAAUGGGGGAUUACGGGUUUGGAGUCCUAGUUCAAAACAACUCUGGCAACAAGUCUGCAUUCCCGGUCCGAAUCCACCCGCAUCUGCAGCCCCCACACCAUCACCAAAAUGUGUCGCAGAGCCCUGCUGCUUUCAUAAACAGCACCACAGCCGCAGGGAAUGGCACCACGGGAGGCUCUCCCUGGCUCUUCCCUGCCUCUGCCACCCACAACAGCGUGCAAGAUGAAAUCCUGGGGGGCCCCGAGAAGCCAAAAGCACAGCAGCAACAGGAAAUGCAAGAAACGCAAGAAAAGCAGCAGCUGUCCCCCGGGAGUCACCAGGAUGGUGGAAAUGGUGGCGGGAUAAUUUCAGAACUGGAAAAAGCUCGGUCAGAGGAAGCCAAGACAGACAAUGGCACAUCUGAGGGAAGUAAUGGAAAGGAGAAGCAGCUACGUCUCGAGUCUCCAGUCCUGACAGGGUUCGACUACCAGGAGACAUCUGGUCUGGGGGUAACUGGUCCGGUCCAGUCCAGUACAACCUCAUCAUCACUUACUGGCUUCAACAACUGGUCCGCUGCCAUCCCACCGGCGCCCUCAACCAUCAUCAAUGAAGACGUCAGCUUCUUUAACCCGGCCUCCGCUAACAACGGGCCCCUGCUGUUCCAGAACUUCUCGCACCAUGUCAGUCCCGGGUUCGGUGGGAACUUCUCCCCCCAGAUCGGACCAGCUGCAGCCUUGUCCCAGCACCACCCUGCUCCCCCUCCACACCCUCACUUCCAGCACCCUCACAACCAACACCAGCAGCAUCGGCGCUCCCCGGCCUCUCCACACGCCCCGCCGCCCUUUCCGCACAGGAAUCCUGCUUUUAGCCAGUUGCCGCAUUUGUCCAACAGUCUGAACAAGCCCCCAUCCCCAUGGGGUCCAGCGAGCUAUCAGAGCCCCUCUCCCUCCCCCGGCUCCUCUACAUCCUGGAGUCCCGGAGGAGGCUAUGGUAGUGGUGGCAGUGGCUGGGGAGGGUCUCAGGGCAGAGAUUAUCGCCGAGGCCUCAAUGGUGGAAUGACCCCUAUCAACUCCAUCUCUCCACUGAAGAAAACCUUCCCCAACAACCACGUGGCAUCCCAGAAAUAUAACCGAAACAGUCCCGCUGGCUUCAACCCAAAGUCCUGGAUGGAUGAUGGAGUCGGUCGCAACGAUAACAUCUUCCCCUUUCAGGAUCGCACCCGGCCAUUCGACAGCUUCAACAUGAACACUCUGGAGAGCUCCCUGAUCGACAUCAUGAGGGCUGAGCAGGACACCCUGAAAGGUCGUCUGGGCUUCCCUCAUCCAGGAGGGGACAACCCUCUGCCCCUCAAUGCCAGGAAUUAUAGCAGGAGACGAGGCCACUCCUCCCUCUUCCCUAUGGAGGACGGCUUCCCUGAUGAUGAGCGUGGUGAGCAGGGUCUGGGGGGCCUUGGUUCUCCUCACUGCUUCCCCCACCAGAACGGAGAGCGCGUUGAGCGCUACUCGCGCAAGGUCUUUGUGGGCGGACUGCCUCCGGACAUAGAUGAAGAUGAGAUUACAGCCAGUUUCCGGCGCUUCGGACACCUGUUUGUGGACUGGCCUCACAAAGCAGAGAGCAAAUCCUAUUUCCCCCCCAAAGGCUACGCCUUUCUGCUCUUCCAGGACGAGAGCUCGGUGCAGGCUUUGAUCGACGCCUGCAUCGAGGAGGACGGCAAGCUUUAUCUCUGCGUAUCCAGUCCUACCAUCAAAGACAAGCCGGUCCAGAUCCGCCCUUGGAACCUGAAUGACAGCGACUUUGUGAUGGAUGGAUCGCAGCCUCUGGACCCAAGGAAAACCAUUUUUGUGGGAGGUGUCCCUCGUCCUCUUCGUGCAGUGGAGCUGGCCAUGAUCAUGGACCGCCUGUACGGCGGCGUUUGCUAUGCUGGCAUCGACACAGACCCGGAGCUGAAGUACCCCAAGGGAGCGGGGCGGGUCGCCUUCUCUAAUCAGCAGAGCUACAUUGCUGCUAUCAGUGCUCGCUUUGUACAGCUGCAGCAUGGAGAAAUCGAUAAACGGGUGGAAGUGAAGCCAUAUGUGCUGGACGACCAGCUGUGUGACGAGUGUCAGGGGACUCGCUGCGGCGGGAAGUUCGCGCCGUUCUUCUGCGCCAACGUCACCUGCCUCCAGUACUACUGCGAGUACUGCUGGGCGGCCAUCCACUCCCGCGCCGGGCGAGAGUUCCACAAGCCCCUGGUGAAGGAGGGAGGCGACCGGCCCCGCCACAUCUCCUUCCGCUGGAACUGAGCGGAGGCGUCGGUGGAGGUGGUGGUGGAGGUGGAGGUGGAGGUGGAGAGGCAGCAGGGGAGCAGGAGGGCAGGUCAGGUAGUGCAGGAGUCGCAAAUCGUUGUACAAAUAAAUGCACUUUUCUGUUGCUGGUUCCUUUUUGCUCUAAUUUCACAGAAACCUUUUCCUGAUUUUUUUAAGUUAAUAUAUAUAUAAAUAUAUCUAUAUUUUCAAGAUAGAAAAGGAAAAACUGGAACUAUAUUCAAAUGUGUCCAGCAUGGAAACAAGAGUGAAACAUGAUUUAUUUAUGAGUUUGACUUUAGAAAUAUUAUUCUUUGUUCUCAAUAAAUAGGAAAGUCUGAGGAGGGAUAUGGUACUCUGCUAUUUAACUGGCAUGUAUUUCAUUUAAACCUUAACACGAGAAGCCCCAAAACAAGAACUCUUACCUUUUGCCUACGGCUCUUCUGUAGCAGAGCCUUUUUAUUUUGUUUCCAGAGCUAACGCCGGCGAAACACUUUCUCAUUAGCCGUUGUUUGGUGUGACUACGUUUUCUAUUGAUGCAAAAGGCUCCAGAGCAAAUGUGAAUUGAAAAAAGGUGUUGCUAAAGAAGAGUGCACUUAUUUACAGCUUCUAAGAGUGCAGAUACAGCACGAGACCCUUAGUAGUGAACCAAAGCUGAAUCGUCAUCACCUUCUGGAGAACAGAACGAAACGGAUUCUUCUCCCUCCCCGCUUAAAAUGUUACAACCUCUAUUUUUAUGAUUUCCAAGACCAUACCAAUAUUUUGAUGUUACUUGAAAAAUCACAACAAAAUCUUGCAACAUAUUUGGAUUUUAAUCUCCAUUUUGACAUGCAAAAACUAAUACCUCAAACUCAGCUGCUAAUGUGCCGAAUACAGUAAAACAACAGAAAGAAAGCAAGAAAGAAAACAUCGUCCCCGACUGCUGUUCUUCUUUCCUCAGAACGCUAAUCAGAGGGAAGUGAUGCAACAGGCGGAGCGUGAUGUGACUGGCACAGUUUUGUACUCACUUGCUUCAUCACCUCCUUAUUUUUAUAAUCAAACCCAGGGUUGUGCUAUGGACAGAGCAGAGCGUCGUGCCGUGCGUUGGGGAAUGUAUAAUGUGUAGAGAGGCUACAGGAGAGACAGGCUGAUGGCGAUAAGAUGAACCCAGCUUCACUCUCUCUCCUCAUGUCUGCCUGUGGCCUCCGCUGACGGAGCGCAGGGCCUCAGUCGGUGCUCAAACCCGGGGCUCGGCUCCAGGCCUGAGGCCGAGGUGACUCCUCGAGGGAGAGGCUGGUCCAGUGGCCGUCUUUUAUUGCAGUUUUCCCGCGGCUUCCACCAAACGGGAAAGGCCUGUCUGGUUGUUAUUUUUUUGUGCAAUUCUCCCAAGUCUUUGAUGACAAAGUUCUAUUUUGCAUCCAAGCGUGAGCUACAUUCAACGAGAGAAGCAAUUAAAGUUUAUCUAAUUUCCGAGUUGUCGGCACACAUUCAAGUCAUGGAGGGAUCUGCCCUUUUGGCAAACACUCAAACAUCGUUUCUCCUGCCAAGCUAAUCCAACUCAGCAUCCAGUGUUUUUGAAGCAUAAAUGAAGAUAGUCUCUGCAGUGUGCUCUACUACUUCACACUUGUGACCCACAUGCAGUUUUCGCUGGUCCAGUCGGUUUCACCCAGAGGCUUUUGGGAACCAAAGAUGGCCGUGCAGUAGUGGGUCAUAGUGUGGCUCAUUUCUCGUCUAGAUUUUGUUUCUUUCUUUCAUUUCUUCAAGGAUGUCGUUCAUUUUUUUUCCUCUCUCACUUCUACCCAAGUUUGCUUAACUGUCAAGCCCUGAUGGACUCCAGCAAACCAAAGAUUGGCCUUGAACAUGAUGCAUUUACAGUGUUUACUGUAAUAACAUCUAUUUGACAGUGCAGUCAGAACCCAUUCAAACGUCAGUGGAGAAACAACAGGGCUGGCAGACACACACACACAUACACACACACGCACACACACACACGGCCUCACACUUCCAUAGCUUAAAAUGAAAGUGCACGGUGUUGGGCACUACUUCUAUAGGAUAUAUAUACAACAAUAAGUCUGUGUGUCUGGAAAAAAUUUAAGACAAAGUGCACAUUCACGCGGCGAAAGUAAAACUGAUCCUCACACUGGUUUUAGGUCACUCAGCGGCAUCCUUAUAGCCGAGCAUUUAAAUAUGUCAGGGAGUUAGUACAGAAACUUGAUUAUACACACUAGUGAGAUCCUCAUAUCGACGUGGAUGCACCAGUUUUGCACCCUGGACAUUAGUUUUGUGGGUGCGGUGGGUGAGCAUUUUAGAAGUUAAAACUUUGUGAAGAAUUUGCUGUUAAAGAAAUGAAAAAAAGAUUAUUUUAUACAUGGCCUGCUGAUUUUUGGUACAGUGUUUUCUAGCUAAAUUAUUUUGUCAUGCACAUAAAAACAUUUAUUAUGCACUACUUUUCUAAAUAUUUUUCUUUUUCCAACAGUCAUUUUAGGCACAUUUUUCACAAAUGGGGAAACUCCUUUUUGCAAUACCUCAAUUUUUCACAUUGUGAAAGGUAGCUUUUGUACUUUUGUUACUGAGAGAUCUGCAUAUAUGGAAAUGUUCAUUUUAAGAAAAAAGUUGAGUGAUUUCAAUAUAUAUUAUUUUCAAUUAUGCUUUUUAUACAUUUCAGUGCUGAGGAAUCUUUACAACUAAGUGCACACUUGUGUUGAUGCGACUUCAGAUCUGCAGAGGAGAGACCAAAGUGUUUCGCUCACUUGGUCUUAGCUUUUCGUACACUAGAUGUUUCAAGUCAAUCUGGUCAAUAACAGCAUGGAGAGAACAGUGAACAAGCUGUAAUUUGAUCUCAAUGUUAACGUCUCUAAACAUGGCUAUACUAGUUGCAAAUGGUAACUUCUGUCCUGGUUUCCUCUCCAUAGGCAGAGUAGAACUUAUUAUAAGGAGAAUGCAAAAUUUGGUUCACGCUUGACGCUGAAUCUCGUAUCAAAAGAAUGGAUGUUUGGUGUUUAGAUAUUUUAAUAUUUGAAAAAAUGAUAUAUAUAUUAUAUAUAUUCUUGAACUUGCCAACUAGCAACUAUUGUAAUCCUUAGCAUGCAUGACAAAAAAAGAGAAAAUGACAAGUACAUGAAUUAGCUAUUAAAAAUAAUUGUUGUGGUGUGCACCAAAUGUUUCUCAACUAUUAAGUUGUUAAGGACACCCCAAACCCACUCUCACCUCACCUCACCCCUUCCCUCUCCCCAUAUAUUGAUCUCCUCGCUUCCCCAUUCGCAGACCUCUGCAGGAUGCACAUGACAGAGAGAUAAGGCGAGAAACAAGGCAGAAUCUAAGUUUGAACCGAUUGGGCAGCGCAGGACUCUGAGCGUCCUUGUAGAACACUGUUUAAAAAAAAGACUUGAGAACUUACGCCCGCUGUCUGUCGAGGUGAUCUCAUAUAGACCUAACUGAAGGAAGGGGAGCUUAAAGACUUGAAUGUGGUAAAUGUUGCAAGUUAACUUCAAGUUGUUAUGUGCAAUACUUCUUUUGAACCUUUUUCCAGAUAAAGACUCUUUGCAAUGUAAUUCUUUAAUGCCAUUUUUAAUUGCAGACAUUUAAUUAAAGAAGAUGUUAAUAUGUUUUUCACAGUCAUUUUCUACUGUUAUUGUAAUCCUUUUCAUGCUGGUGUUUGUAAAAAAGAAAAGAAAUCAAACUAUUUGUACUAAUAUAAAUAAUUGAAGUUAUUUUUAAAACAUUAAAGGUUUUGUGCUCAUUUGCUUAUUUUGUUUAUUUUAAGCUACUGUGAUUGAUUGCAUUGUAAUUAUUAGGUCAACAAUGUAUUUAGCUGUUUAUUGGUAUAUUUUUAAUUGGAAUGUAUAAUUGAUUUUUAUAAUUUUGAUCAGAUUUUUGUUAUAUUUUUGAGGUGAAGCUUUUAAUAUGUUAAAGUGUCUAGUUUUUACUAAUUGCUAUAUUGUGCUCCACAAUAUAUGGUUCACAUUUUCUGAAGGAAAAUAAAUAUUUAAAUAUUUGUCUGUUUAUGAUGUUACUUAAUGGCAAGAUUUCAAUAGUUUUUAACUGUGUAUGGGAAGGUUGUUGUAUUUAUUAAUAGCAUUUUUUACUUAAGAUAUCACCUUAAUUUUUAUUGUCAUUUCACUUUAUAAGUUCCUAUUUUUGUAUUUUCCUUUCUAAUUAAGUUAUGUAAUACAAAUAUGUCCAUAUUUCUAGCAGUUGGUCUGUAGAAGUGCUAGUGAAACGAAAAAUAAAAAUCUAAUGUUAUUUAAUUGUUUGCAGCCAACUAUUUAUAACAGUAUGCAUAAUUUUUAAAUAUUUGUAAUGUGAAAUGUUGAAUGAAAUAAAUCUUAACUGUGAUGGAAAAUAA